GUGGACAACACUUAUUUCAUUCAGUUAUAUUUCAGCCUCUCAUCCGCCAUUAAUGAACACAUAUGCAAACUCCAUUAAUGGCCAUAUGCUCAUCUUCAAACUUAUUUUUCUCCUCAAUACAUUCCACCACCACCAAUUCCUCUUAUCUCAAAUUAAUCUCAAUUUACAAUCUCUCCAAUAACCCUCUUCUGUACAGUAGCCCUCACUCUUCGUCGAAUUACGCCUGUGUUACAGUCCGAGAAGAAGAAGACCCACUGAUCGGGAUCGAAACGGCGUCGUUUUUGGAUGUGAAGGAGGAGAGAGAAAGUGAGGUAGAGAGAGAACAUUUUUGGCGCAAUGGAGUUGCAAUCAGAAGGAAGAGGAGAAGAAGAAGAAGAAUUAACCUUUUGGAAUGUAUGAACAUUGACGAUGACGAUGAUUAUCAAAAUCACAAAUUUCUGUUUUCGGAUAAGAAUUCAGGAAAAUCCAGGUUUAUGAACCCUAAAGAAGAAGCCAAAUUUUCCUGGCACCUCCAGGAGAGAGCAAGAAUUGAAGCUGUAAGAACAGAAGCACUAGCAAAAAUGGAGGAAGAAGAACACGAAUUAUCAUCGAUUCAAUGGGCCAAUGCUGCAGGAAUAAGCCAAAAAAAUCUCGACAGAAUUAUAUGGAACGGCAAACAAUCGGAAAAACGAAUCACUAAAAGCUAUUUACGGCUCGUUGUAUCCGUUGCUUCUUCGUAUCAAGGCAAAGGGUUAAGCUUGCAAGAUCUAACUCAGGAAGGCAGCAUAGGCCUUUUACGCGGGGCGAUUAAGUUUAAUCCCGAAAAGGGGUACAAGCUAUCGACAUACGCGUACUGGUGGAUUAGGCAAGCCAUCACUCGAGCCAUAACGAAAAAGUCGAAAAUUAUCAGAUUACCGGGCAGCAUACACGAACUUGUACCGAAGAUUUGUGAAGCAAACGCUGUCUUGAGCAGAAAGCUGCGAAGAUUUCCCACUUACGAAGAAAUUGCAGAAGAAAUUGAUGCUAAUGCUUCAUCUGUAAGACUUGCAAUCGAAAGAAAUAAAUCUCCGAUUUCUCUCGAUCAAGCUAGUACAAGCCGAGGCUCGAUGUCUCUGCAGGUUCUUUCAAUACAGUUCCGUAAAAUUAGUUCCCAUUUUUUCACUAGUGGAACUCUAAUGAUUAGUUACAGUGGCGGAGCCAGGAUAGGGCCCCCCAUCCCCCAACCCCGUAUAUUUUUUUUCGUGAAUUCUUCGUUUUAUGAUGUAUUGCAGGCUAUAAUUCCGGGGCCGGAUGAGAUGACCCCGGAAGCAAUGGUGAAGAAAGAAGCGUUGAAGCCGGAAAUCGAGAAGCUUCUAGAACCUUUGUGUGAUAGAGAGGCACACGUCUUGAGAUUGCACUACGGAUUGAACGGAGGGGCGCCACGGUCAUUUGAGGAGAUAGGCAAAUUGCUCGAGCUUUCAAGGGAGAGAGUGAGGCAGAUUAACUCGUCUGCAUUGUCGAAGCUACGAGAGAUUGUCGAAAUAGACGAUCUCAAGUACUUCAUAUAGUAAAAUGUUAAGUAACACAAUAAUUAAUGAUUGAUAUUGUACACAUACAUAUAUACACAUUCAUGAUAUGUGCAUAUAAUAUACUACUCUCUGUUGAAUAAUUGGUGGUUUAAAAUUUGCUCAAAGUAAGUUUGAGAUUGUAAAGAGAUGAAUGCAGUAUUCAUUUUAUUCCAUGGUUGAAGAAAUCCCACA